UGGAAAAUACACAUAAUCCUCUGCACUGAAAAUUUCGACUGUGUCACCAGCCAGCCAAGCAAAGACAACAACAGGCAUGAGUUCAGUGCGUCGUGGUGGUGGUCGGCGUGUGCUUGGAGAUGUGAACACCAACGUCAACGUUGAGUACCACACGAAAAAGGAAGCCGAGGACGAAGCCAUGCAAGCAGAACGCGACACAAAAACUUGCGGCGCAAUUCGCCAAGCCAUGAACCAAGCCAUGGCGCGCAAGUCCGGCUUUGCGGCCUUUCGCCGGUCGUUUCACCUCAACGGCAAUCUGCACGCGAUGAGCCGGCAACGCAGCGGAUCACAACUGCGAUGGCAUGACGUGGAACAGAGCGUCCAGGCGGAGGGAACUCCACCCAAGAGCGCAUAUGAGAAGGUGGAGCCAGCGUCCCCAUCAAGUACACCAGACACAGGAACGAGCGGCUCAGGUGCACUGGACAGCUCCGGAAUCUCGGACGCAUGCAGUUCUGCAAACAGCAGCUUCUCCGACACAUCAGCGGUGCUGGUGCUGGAGGAAGAGUACGACGAAACCCGCACGUUUUCGCGCGAACAGCAUUUGAUGCCUGCAACUCAGGUGGCCAACCAGCAGCCACCACAGCCCACUUGUUCCCCCAGAGCGACCACCAAUGCGCUCUCCACGCGCCUGCCCACAAUCCCUGAGGGUGCCGUGUGCAGUGUGCAAACAAAUGCAACCAACACAGGCGCCCCACCAGCAACCCAAGCACCGCCACCCGCAACCACUGCGACCUCGCCAUCCCCCGCCACAGCAACAACAAUGAAGAAGAAGCCGCCCACACCGCGCCACCCGCGCUGGCGAACAAAGUCCAACGUCUUCAGACUCGCAUCUCUCAACAAGGAGCUGAGCAGCGAACUCACGGCAGCAUCUGUCGCCAAGACCAUUCAGCCCAAGAACAACUGAGCGAUGCCAGCGAUGACUCAGCGAACUUCGCCGCUUGCUUACCUUUCCUUUGAUGUUGUUGGCGACACACCUUCAAGUUGCUUCGACACAUAACGAUACCAGACAGCCCACGUGCAACUCAACUCAACCAACCAACCACUUUAUUCUUCUGUCCAAACCACAUGCACACUCCUCAGCGCAACACUCCUCAUUGCACAUCUUCCUCUCUCUCCUCCUUUCUCGCUUUUGUUCUGCCUCCUCGCUCUACCAUUAAUUCGACAACACACACACACACACGCUCUCUCACUCACAUGUGUUUACUGCCGGCUGUGUUCGACAAGAACACAACACGCACAGAAAAGUAACACUCAAGUACGUAACGAAAUCAAAAGUGGCCACAAAGG